AUGGAGAAUCAACAAGAAAGAAAAAGAAUAAAUACAGAAAAUGAUAAUAUAAUACACCACAUAGAACCCCUCCGAAAAAAAUAUAAAAAUAACAAGGACUUAAAGAAGGAUCAAGACACUAAUACAGCUAAUACUAGUGCUAUUAUUACUAAUAGUAAUAGCAACAGUAAUAGCAAUAAUAAAGUUACUAAAUCAUCAAUACCCAAAUACAAUUUCAAUAAGUUUUGUUAUAGACAUGAUCCAGAUAUCCAAUCCACUUUCACACAUACCGCAUGUCACAAACAAGACAUGAAAAGACUCAAAGACAUAAAUGAUCGUAUAUCUCAACUGCCGGCAUCUGAACAGAUAGAGAUUCAUCACAUCAUAUCCAAAUUCACCAACUCUAAUGAUAAAAUACGAACUCUGAUUAUAGAUGGGAUCCUGAAUUCCUGUUGUUUCCCACAACUUUCGUAUGCCUCGACACAGUUGAAACAAAUGAUUAAAAUAGACUUUAUAAGUAUAUUGCCACAGGAGCUAUCCUUGAAGAUUCUAAGUUAUCUAGAUUGUGAAUCUCUCUGUCAGGCUACUAUGGUAUGUAAACGUUGGAAAGUGUUGGCAGAUGACGAUAGAGUAUGGUAUCGUAUGUGUCAACAGCAUAUUGAUCGUAAAUGCCCUAAUUGUGGAUGGGGACUACCGUUACUACAUAUGAAGAAUAGAGUCAGAAUGAUCCGUGGUAAGAAACGUGAAACUGCACAUGGAAAUGGAAAUGGAAACGAUAAGAUUGUCUCACAAGAAUCAAAUAUUCUAAAUAAAAUGAACCCCUGGAAGAUUAUUUACAGAGAUAGAUUUAAAGUCGAAUCGAAUUGGAGACAUGGGAAAUGUAUAAUCAAAGAAUUCAAAGGCCAUAUGGAUGGGAUCCUUUCUAUGAAAUUCAACUAUAGAUUACUGUUUACUGGAUCCUAUGAUAGUACAAUAGCUAUAUGGGAUAUUUUUACAGGGAAAUUAGUAAGGCGGUUGACUGGUCACCAAAGCGGAGUCAAAACAUUGUUUUUUGAUGGAUCAAAGUUAAUAACCGGGUCAUUAGAUAAGACUAUACGGGUAUGGAAUUAUAUAACCGGUGAAUGUGUAUCUACCUAUCGUGGCCAUACAGAUAGUGUAAUGUCGGUGGAUUCAUUUAAGAAGAUUAUUGUCUCGGGGAGUGCAGAUAAAACAGUUAGAGUAUGGCAUGUUGAAUCACGUACGUGCUAUACUUUAAGGGGUCAUACGGAAUGGGUCAAUUGUGUCAAAUUACAUCCGAAAUCAUUUUCAUGUUACAGUUGUAGUGAUGAUACUACUAUCAGAAUGUGGGAUAUCAGAACAAACACAUGUUUAAAAGUGUUUCGCGGUCAUGUUGGACAAGUACAAAAAGUAAUUCCAUUAAGAAUUGUGGACAUUGAAAAUUUAGUCACAGACAAUACUCCAAGCAACAAUAUGGGAGAUACAAAUGAACAAGGACAAUUAAGUGAAGAAGAAGAGCAAGACAUGGAUGGAGAAAAUGUUAAAUUGGAUGAAAAUAUACCGUAUCCAACACACUUGUUAUCAUGUUCAUUGGAUAAUACAAUUAAACUAUGGGAUGUUAAAACAGGUAAAUGUGUAAGGACCCAGUUUGGUCAUGUUGAGGGGGUGUGGGACAUUGCAGCAGACACUUUUAGAAUCAUAAGUGGAUCACAUGAUGGUAGUAUUAAGGUAUGGGAUUUACAAAGUGGUAAAUGUAUGCAUACCUUUCAUGGUAAAAAUUUACAAAAGAUAGACAAUGAUGUAAAUAUAACGCCGAGUACAUCAAAUGAUAACAUUCAUAAUGGAAGCACGACUAACAGGACUGCGCCAAUUGCAUGUGUAGAUAUUGGAGACUCCGAAUUUUUCAGUGGAGAUGAGAUUGGCUGUGUUAAGAUGUAUAAAUUUGAUUUAGAAGAUACUAAUAUGGAAUAUUAA